GGAGUCCUCUCUCUCACCCACACACAACACACACUUCACCUGGCACUAGCACACAUCCUCCUGCAGAGAAGCUCAGUCCCAGUCCUCUGUUGCUGCUCGAGCGAGGAGCCUGCCGGUGAUCGGACUGUCGCCUGAAGUGAGGAGGCCGAUCGGGCGUUGAUUCGAUUUUACAGCCCAGUCACUCUCUCUGAAGCUCCGAUUAGUUAGCCAAGGGAAGAAGAAGAAGGAGAGGAGGAGUAGUGAUGGCUGUGACCGACAUUGCAGAGGAUGACCUGGAUGAGAUGAUGCGCGAGGAAGCGGAGGAUGUCUUCUCAGAGGACGGAGUGUCGUCCCGCGUCCCAGAGAUCAUGGCGGCCGGUACCCACUCCCCUGGAGGGCCCAAUGGCAUAAUCCGGAGUCAGUCCUUUGCCGGGUUCAGCACACUCCAAGAGAGACGCUCUCGGUGUAACUCCUUCAUGGGGAACUCUGCGGUGCAAAAGAAGCCCCAGUCCAAGCCAAAGAAGCCCCACCUGUCGGGACACAAGGGGGGCAGCAGCUCCAGAGAGCCACAGCCCAAAAGACUGGAGGAGGUUUACACGGCACUCAAACAAGGCCUAGAUGAAUACCUUGAAGUUCAUCAAACAGAGCUUGACAAACUUAUGUCUCUGAUGAAGGACAUGAAGAGAAACUCUCGCCUGGGAGUGCUGUAUGAUCUUGACAAGCAAAUCAAAACCAUUGAGAGGUACAUGAGACGUCUGGAGUUUCAUAUAAGUAAGGUGGAUGAGCUGUACGAAGCCUUCUGCAUCCAGAGUCGUCUGAGGGAAGGUGCAAGCCGGAUGAAACAGGCCUUCUCUACCUCUCCCUCCACAAAAGGCACUAAGGAGAGCAUCGCAGAGGUCAACCGCCGCUACAAGGAAUACACUGAGAAUAUGAGCACAUUCGAGAGUGAGCUGGAGAACCUGCUCGGCGAGUUUCACAUCAAAAUGAAAGGUUUGGCAGGCUUUGCAAGGCUCUGUCCUGGAGACCAGUAUGAGAUUUUUAUGAGGUAUGGACGCCAGCGGUGGAAGUUAAAGGGACGGAUUGAAGUGAACUCCAGACAAAGUUGGGAUGGAGAAGAGAUGGUGUUCAUGCCCCUAAUCACUGACCUCAUCAACAUCAAGGUUACAGAGCUGAAGGGUCUUGCCACUCACAUGCUGGUGGGCAGCGUCAUCUGUGAGACCAAGGAGCUGUUCACCGCCAUGCCUCAGGUGGUCGCUGUGGACGUCAACGACCUGGGGACCAUCAAACUCAACCUUGAAGUCACCUGGUAUCCAUUUGAUGUUGAGGACCUGACGCUGUCAUCUGGAAACGUGAGCAAAGCCACUGCGCUUCAGAGACGAGUGUCUGUCUACAGCCAGGGCACGCCAGAGACCCCCACCUUCCAGGACACCUCCUUCUUUGCCACUUUACCAGAUGACGUGUUUGAGAAUGGUGGCUGUGGCGUGGCCGAGUGCAAGCGUCUCUCCUUCACCUUCUCCGACACCUCUGGUUCCACACCAAGCCCAAGCCCUGCCCCCAGCUCCCACUCUCAAAGCCAGUCCAACCCAGAAAUCACUGUCACACCUCCAGAAACAGAUCUACUGCCUACACAAAUCCUCCCAACAAGGGAGGACUCCAUUGCAGAGGAACAUUUAGAGGAAGAGGAGGAAGAGUAUGAAGAGGAUGGAGAGACGGGGAGCAGAGGGAGUAGGGGGACCAGCGGCAGCCUUGCCAGUGAUGAAGCUGAGGUGGCAGAGGACUCAGAGUGGGAGAGAACAGAGUCGCAGAGAAACUCUGGCUCCAACUGUGGAUCGACUGCUCCAUCUCUCUGCUCUGAUGGUCACCUCUCUACGGUGGCUCCUGAGGACGUUUUCUUAGACCACAAUGAUGAACUCAAACCUGUGGAGCUGGACACAGAGGAGGCGGGAAGUCUGACCCGGCAGCUCGUGAAGAGGCUGACGUCUUCAGAAAUUGUGCCAGCAAGUGGGAGCUCUAGCGAGGGGGGAGGAGGCAGUCUGAGCUGGGCUGGAGAGGGGAGCAGGGCCUUCCUGGAGAGCAGUCUGGAGGAGGCUAUUCACAGCCUGCUGAUGAGGCUCGAGUCACUGACCCACCGCUGCAGAGAGCUACAGGACCUGGAACAAGAAGUGAUGCGCCUGGAGGACCUGCUAAAGUGUCGUCUCCCGGGUCACAGGAGCCGCUCCUCCAGCCUCAGUCUCACCGUGGAGAGCGCUUUGGAGAGCUUUGACUUCCUCAACACGUCUGACUUUGAUGAUGAGGACACCGGAGACGAUAACGCCAUCCUCAGUAUCGCACAAAGGUCGCCGCUCUUUGAUGCAGACGGAGAAAGAAUCGGUGUGCAGCAUCCAGAAGCCAGAGGUCACCUGAGUGAAGCUUUGACAGAGGACACAGGAGUGGGAAACAGCGUAGCAGGAAGUCCCCUCCCUCUAACAACUGGAAACGAGAACCUGGAUGUAGCCAUUGUCAUCCACCUUCAGUACUGCAAUCACCUCAUUCAGUUGUUGACAGGUGGGGUAAGUGUGUGGCAGCGUCGCAGUCUCCUCCUCAAACUCUCAACACAGACUCAGCUGUUAGAGGAGCUAGCAGAGAUCAGCGUGGACAGACUUGGAGCCAUCACAUCAGCUGCUGACGUCCUCCCAGGCCUGGCCGAGCGCCCGCAGCUGAUGACUCUGUGGUCAGAGUGCAGCGGGUCUGCAGGACUUUUCCACACUACGCUGGAUCGAGUGUUCAAACACAUGAACCAGCGCUAUACAGCGGUGCUGCAGGAGAGACACCCACACAGCGCUCACACAGUGAUCGGAGUCGUGGUGGGUGAGAUGGUGGACAGGAGCGACCUGGUGAUGGCACACAGUCCUACUGCUGCUCUCUCUCAGGACGUCCUGACAGUGUUUCAGUUCCACAGCUACAUCUUACAGCAUGAAGUUCAGGACAUGGAGACACACCUGCUGCACCUGGCCAGAGAGGAGGUGUUUGCAGAGGCUCUGCACAGAGACUCUUCCUGCUGUCUAGCAGAGAUGGAGGAGGUGCCCGUCUCCUCUCUGUGGCCUACCACCAGCACCCUGAGGGCCCUGGCCUCCCUGCUCACGGCGGAGGACCCUCAGGUCAACAAGGCAGCAGCCGACUACCUCUCUGCUGGAGCAUCGCGCAGCCAUUUCAGGAACAGAGCGGUGGAGUGCUACACUCAAGCGCUGUCAGAGGCUGGAGGUCAGAGCCAGAGGGCGGCCUGUUCAGCUCUGAGCUGCCUGCAGGCCGUGGAGAGCAUCAGGGCAGUUGUAGCACUGUGUGACUCAGCAGAUGAAGAGCUUCGCCAUGUUGCCAUAGAAACCCUGCUCACAUUUGGUGAGGAGGGGCGACUGGCGUACGAGCAGCUCGACACAGUGCCGGGGGAAAUGAUCCGUCUGGGCACACGGCGAGGGAAUGCCGUCACCACUGCCUUCUGAGCCACUGUGCCACCAAACAAAACAUCACAAAUAACAUCUCAGCCCAACCUCUGAGGACAGCACUGCCUCUUCGCUUCGCCCUACACCACACUGCACCUCACAGGGCUGAUAAUGACCGAUCACUUUAACUGAUCUGAUUUCUUUUUGGCACAGACUUAAGCAUCUCCAUGUUAAAUUACUGCUCUUACUUAUACUGCCUCCUGUAAGAGACUAACACCAAACGAACUAUGUUAACCGCAAAGACACACAACCUAUAACCCUCCUGAACACACACACUCUCUCUCACACCACUUAUUUCUCCUUAAUUUUUGCCCACUCACCUCCCCCCUUCACCCUUUUCCCUGCUUUCUGAGCCAGGCACACCGGCCAUGUUGUAUUUAACUGGAUUGCACAGAUUUAACUGGAAGAAAAAGCCGCUGUAAGGUUCUCCAAAGACUUUGGACACCUGAAUUUGAGCAAUGCAUCUUCACAUGACCUUUUUUCAACAGCUAUCCACCACUUCACACCACACUUGUAUCACUUACUCACUGAUUUAUUAUCAUCUCGAUUGUGUCACACAGUAUACUAACUUUGAUCUUUGUAUAAUCAUUGUUUAUCAUUUUUUAGUUGGUGUUUUUUGCGGCGCUUUCAGAAGAUUUGCACUGUUGUAUGGCAUGUAAAUAUGACUUCUUUUACACAGCCGGUGUAAUAUAUGUGCUUGUAUUUAAAUGAUAUUUUUAAGUUUGUUUUCUGGUACGUUCCAUUUUGAGUUUCAGGGAUUCUUGUAUGGCUGAAAGAUGCGUGUUUAGUGGCAAGGAGGACCAUAAAUAUGUCGAGAAUGGCUUCUAAGAGGGGGGAGAGUGGUAAAAGCUCAAAUUAGCGCUCAGCUAGCUAGACAGGCUAAGCUAAAAUAAGCUAGUAGAGGAAAGAGAAAUUGUGAAACAAGUCAGCAGUGCCCACAGUUUCACUGUCAGUAGUUUAUAUCUGAAUUUUGUCAUACUUGCAGUUGAACAAGUGCAAUUUUUUGUACAUAUGUGACUCUUUAGCACCGAGCAUUUGAUAAAGUUAGCUUCGACCAACCAAGCCUUGAUGUGGUAGAGCGAGCUGGUGGGCUCCAUGGAUUCUUUCUUUUGUAAAUGAUUUUUCCUAGCAGGUAUGGAGCCAGUCCAGGGCAAUAAAACUGGUUAAGGAUGAUGAACUUUGUCAAUAACUGUACAGAGAGGAGGACCCUGUGGUUGUGUUGGCCUGUUUAGGCUAACUGCACAUUCAGAUAGUAUGCGAGCUACUGGAAGGAUGAGAGAUUUUCUUUAAGAGAAGCAGCAGAAUGAAGAAUUGUGUUUGGUACAUCUUGGGUCUGUUUUAUUCCGGUUAUCCUAACUUAAAUGUGGGAAAACUGACCUGAGGUAAGCGCCUAAUUCCGACUUUUCUCAUUGUAACUGUACUACUGAGUCUUGUGCUAGUGCACGGCGACAAAACUCACUUAUUGUUCACACAUCAUAUUUAUUAUUUACUCCUUUUAAGCUAAUAUUCUUUGGAGCUAUACUGUAAUAGUGUGAAAGGCAUUGUUAUGUGAAUGAGUUGUGUAUUUAUGUUCUUUUUGGAGCAGGUCUAGUAUUUGAAAUAUUGUUUAUCGUUAAAAAAAGCCUCUGUUGUUUCCAUGCAAAUGAUUUAAUGCUAAAUUGGUGUUUUAUUUUGAAUGAAUUCUAAUAGAUAAAUUAUUUUUGAGAAUAGCAUGAUGGUAUUAUAGGUCUCUUAUCCCUCAAAAGGUCCAAACAUGAUUGGACAUUAUAUAUGAAAAUGUUACUUUAUUACUUAGAGGAUUUACUGUAACCAAAGGACAAAUUAAUUUUAAAACGAUCUUUUAAUAAUCACUCAUAUCUCAUUAUGGAGAAUGUAUUUUCAAUACAAUAUUUGCAUUCUGACCAGAAUACUCAGACGUACCUUUAAGAAGCACAAUUUCAAAAUGAGACAAACCCAUAAUAUUUAAAUGGUGUAACAUUGGUUCUAACUGCACAGUCCAAAAGCCAUAUUGAUUAAAAACAAGUGGUAAUAUUUUUAUGAAAUGUAUUUUUCUUUUGUAUUAUAACCUGUAAAUGUGCGAAGUUGUUACUAAAAGCUGAAGAUGUUUUUCUUUCCAUACAGCAUUUUAAAAACAUGGUCUAUAUUUUACAUUUUAUUUCUUCCAUGAUGUGAAUAGCAUUACAGUAUUUUGGUUAAGUAUCUAAAUCAUCCAUUCAUUCAGUGUUCAUUUCUUUAAGUGGGCUACUUUCUUUUUACAAAUUGUCAGCAGACCAGUGUUAGGGUAAAUUUGUUGGUUGUUCAAUACCUAAUCACUGCUAACUACAAGUUGUCAAAUGUGCACAUGUACACAUUUAAAGACUGGUGUUAAGAAUUAAUCUUUAUACUUUGCUAAAAUGGAUCUUUUUCAAUCUCAAUAGCUUCUGUUCCGGUCCAUUUAGUUGCAUACUACUCUUCUCUGCAGUCAGUAUUUCCUCUGUUCAU